GAAAAUUAGCUUCCCUCCUUGUAUCAGAAUCACGUAUUGACUUUUGAUAUUUGUCUUUCUAUUCCUUUAGCAAGUGGGGUGUUGAUGCUGCUGCACGUAUCUCCCAUUUUGCCCUUCUGCUUUGUGUAAAAGAAUAGCAAAACAUGCCAUCUGUGCGUGCAAUUUCCUUGAAGUAUUUUACUUCAAGGUUCCCUAAACUUUGGAUGUGGGAGGUGACCACUCCUUUGUCUAUGAUGAAAGCCCAGCGGUGAUGCAGGCACUUGCUGAGGUCACAGUGGUUGCCGGGCUGGGAGCGUUUGUGCCCCAGCUGGGAGCAGAGCUGGUGCUGUAGUGAGCGUGGUGCACACUGAGACCGAGCUCUGUGCUUUCAUGGAGAGAUCUUCCUGUGAGAGCCCACUGGAAGCAGCGCUGCGGCGUGUGUGAGAGCUGGGCCCAGCUGCGGCUGAGCAGUGGCCAGCAACACCAGCCGUGUGCUUCAAGGUGCAAAACUAUGGAGGAGAUGGAGAAGAACGCUUGCUGUCAGAACUCAUGGCAGCUGUACGGGAGCUGGAUGUAUUUUGGAGACAGUUGUCAUUAGCAGUUGGUUUUGAGUAUUGCCCUGCCCGAUAGCUUCAACUGCAGAGCAGAAGAAAGCUGUGAAAAUGCUUUUUCCUAUUUUUCCCCUGCAGGUUCUUUCUUCAGGGUUGGUUUACCAAAGGAGAUUUUGGGGACUGAGGCAGUUGAAGAGUGAAGCCAGCUCUUUCCAACAGCAGGGGUCAGUCCCUGUGGAGAGGAGCCCAGGAACGUGAGCUUCCUCUGAGACAUUCCCCAGCAUGUCCCAGCAGGGACACAGACGCGGUUGCCAUUCCUGCUUUGCGCGUGGAAAGAAGCAGCGCCGUGCUGUUCCCCAUGCUAGGGAGCAGCAGCCAGCAGGCUGCCCCAGUGCCAGCUGGGCCUUGCAGCGCGCAGAGGGACGCGAUGGGGAUGGAGCAUCCUUAGCACCAUGCAAAAGGAUGGAGCCUGCGCGUCCAUGGAAUGGUGCUGGGCAUGGGGGGAAACGGAAAGCCUCCCCAGGAGCUGAUGACAACAGGCUUGCAGGGAGGCAGGGGAGGAGCAAGGAGAGUGGCACAGCACCCAAGAGAGGGAGAGGUGCUGAGCCAAAUGGCGAAAUCUCCAUGAAAACUCCUCUCCAGGCUGGAGGGCUUCCUGAAGCAGCAGGUCCCAGCAGAGGGGGAACAGCUGCUCCUGCAGUUGCCAACUGCUCCCUCUCCAAGAUCAUGGUCGCAAGAAAGCGCAAGGCAGUGGAAGAGGAGGAGCAGAAGGCAGAGCUGGGUCCUGCCAACAAACAAGUGAAAGUGGAGCACAAUGGGGAGAAGGCUCAGAGCCCUCAUCAGAGCAGAGGUGCUGUGCCAGCUCCAUCAGCACAGCCUGGGCCUGCCCCAGUGCCGACCGAGCGGUUCCGGACCUCAAAGCGAAGAGAAAGACGACGACGACAGAAAGAAAGGAGAGCAGAAAUGAAGAAGGCUGCUCUCAGAGCUGCUGCUGCACAUGCAGAGUUCUCCACCAUAAACAGCCUUGUGGAGAUGAUGGAGAAGCUGCAGCUGAAGGACUGAGCGGAGGAGCAUCAGCAGGCAGCGGCUUUGUGGCAGCAGCCCAACUUUCACUCUGG